AAUCCUUCCAAAGCGGAAAAUGGAGAUGAAGAUGUCGAAUUCGAUCCAGAUGAACUUGAAUGUGUUGAUGAAGAUGCGGAAGAUGAACGACGAGAAAGAAAAGAGCGUGAAGAAGAGCGCAAACGUCGUGAGAGGCACAAACAUGAAGAAAGAAAACAUCACCACUCAGACACGCAUUCUUCAAGAGUAAGUGUUUGA